GUAACUUCCGGGAAGGGCUUACUUGCAAGGCAGACACGGAAGUGCUGGGAGGCGCCGGGAGCCGGUUCGGUUGCGGGUGUCUCUGGCCCUGCGGUCAGCCCUGGGAACGUCCCGGAGAGCUAGAUUCCUAGAGGCCCGAUUCCGCUAGCCCGGAACAGACAAAGCCAGCGCUCCCGCCCGCUCCCCGACUUAGGAUCCGAUGCCGGCAGCGUCCUGGGGCCCCCGUAGCGGGGCUGGACCAUGAGCCUGCUGGACGGCCUCGCCUCCUCGCCGCGGGCUCCGCUGCAGUCCAGCAAGGCCAGGAUGAAAAAGCUCCCGAAGAAGAGCCAGAAUGAGAAGUACCGGCUGAAGUACCUGCGGCUGCGCAAAGCGGCCAAGGCCACGGUGUUUGAAAAUGCUGCUAUUUGUGAUGAAAUUGCUCGUCUUGAGGAAAAAUUUCUUAAAGCAAAAGAAGAAAGAAGGUACUUGCUAAAGAAGCUCCUCCAGCUUCAGGCUCUAACUGAAGGGGAAGUACAGGCUGCAGCUCCUUCCCACAGUUCCAGUUUGCCCCUGACUUAUGGUGUGGCCAGCUCUGUGGGAACUAUACAGGGAGCUGGGCCUAUUUCAGGGCCCAGCACUGGGGCUGAGGAACCAUUUGGGAAGAAAACUAAGAAGGAGAAAAAAGAAAAAGGCAAAGAGAACAACAAACUGGAAGUUCUGAAGAAAACAUGCAAGAAAAAGAAAAUGGAGGGAGGUGCUCGCAAGCUGGUUCAGCCCAUUGCCCUGGAUCCCUCAGGACGGCCUGUGUUCCCCAUCGGACUAGGGGGUCUAACAGUAUAUAGCCUGGGGGAGAUCAUCACCGACCGACCUGGCUUUCAUGAUGAGAGUGCCAUCUACCCCGUGGGCUAUUGCAGUACUCGAAUAUAUGCCAGCAUGAAGUGCCCAGACCAGAAGUGUCUAUAUACCUGUCAGAUCAAGGAUGGUGGUGUGCAGCCUCAGUUUGAAAUUGUUCCUGAAGAUGACCCCCAGAAUGCCAUUGUCAGCUCUUCCGCAGAUGCUUGUCAUGCAGAACUGCUCAGGACUAUAAGCGCUACUAUGGGGAAACUAAUGCCUAACCUGCUUCCAGCUGGAGCUGACUUUUUUGGAUUUUCUCAUCCAGCCAUCCACAACCUGAUCCAGAGCUGUCCAGGAGCUCGAAAAUGCAUCAAUUACCAGUGGGUGAAAUUUGAUGUGUGCAAACCUGGAGAUGGGCAGCUACCUGAGGGGCUGCCGGAGAAUGAUGCAGCUAUGAGCUUUGAAGCCUUUCAGAGACAGAUCUUUGAUGAAGAUCAGAAUGAUCCCCUUCUGCCAGUUCUGGAUGCUGGGAAGUCCAAGUUCAAGGAGCGCAGAUUCAAUGUCUGGUUCCUGGAGGUGAAAGGAAGCUGGACUUAGAGUUCUUGGCUACCUCUGGCUGCCCCCGAAUUAGAACAGCCCAUGGGGGUAUGUGUAUUGGGAGUGGAGGAGUGGACGGGUAGAUUGACUUUUUCUCAGGCAUCAAUCUGUUACAAGGUUCAUGGUUUCUAUGGGGCCAGAUGCAUGAGAGGUCAAAGCAUGGGCAAUAGGGGUUAACUGAACGAGUUGAAUGCUAGGAAGUCCUCAGGGGAGCCAAAGUUCCUUGUAAAGUGUGUAGAUUUUUUGUUUUUUAACUAAAUAAAAUCUUGGCACUGACAAAGUUAUUCCUGCUGUUUGGAGCUACACCAGAACCCCUUGGAACUCUACAGAGGGGUAGAACUAAAGCAAAAACCAUCAUUCACCCUACAGAGUAUUAUAAAUUUCAUUUUCACACAGUAAAAAGUUCCUAAAUUGGGGGAAACAUAGUGAAUUCCACAUAAUGUUUUAAAUUAUUCAGCCACUAAAAAUAAAUUUACAUAUGAUUCCAUUAAUAUAUUCACUAUCUAAACCAUAUUUUUUACACUACGUAAAAUACAUUGUAUAUGUACAGUGAGUGAUGCUUUUUGCUUUAGUUCUCAUUUUUCACGUUAAGGGGAGGAAAGCUACCCAUAGAUAGUAUUCUUACUCCUUUUCACAUGCUUCAAGGACAGUUUGCAAGCGGAUAUAAAUACAUACACAUCACUAGUGAUUAUGCUUUUAUUUAUUUCCAACUUCUUAUAGGUAACAUAAUUUUCAGACAAUGUUAGCUGUUUUUAAUCCAUCAGUAAACUGCAUUAAGAGUCUUAAUAAACAAACACUGAAGGCCUCUUUCA